AGUGAAAAGGAACAUGUGUAUCUUUGAAAAAUAAACACACUCCCAGCUGUCAUGGUUGGUUUUAACCAACCACAAGACUUGAGCCAGGUGCAUCAGGGCAUUAACCAGGCACCGCAACACGUCAUCUAGGCACAACAGGGCAUCAACCAGGCACCACAGGGUAUCAACCAGGCACUACUGGGCAUCAACCAUAAAUCCAGGGCAGGAAUUGAAUCAAGCUCAGAAUAUGAACCAGUCAGGGCCUCCACUUCCCCCAGGCUGGGAACACGCAUUUACACCCCAGGGUCAAAUCUACUUUAUAAACCACAGCGAUGGAACGACCAGUUGGCACGAUCCCAGGAUAAGCCAGGGGUCCAUACUCUUGGGUAUAAUUAAGAAGUACAAUUGUGCAACCGCUAAUGAUCAACAAACUGAUACACAACAAGAAGAAUGGAGAGAUAAGAAGUCUGAGUGUAAAGAAGAAGGGAGCUUGGAAACACUACAAUCAUGUGUGAAGGCCGUGCAGGAACAGAUCUGUGUAAAAGGUUUUCCCCCGCGAGGGUCAUCUGGAGCAAAAAUGGCUAAAAAUGUGAAUGAGAUGAUUGUAAUUGUAAUGAAGAAAUGAGGGGAAAAGAAUUUACAAGAAUUAUUGAGAGUUUGAAAUUGUGGACUCACACCGCUGAGGGGCCAAACAUGACGUUGAAGGACCAGAGCAAUCAGUGGGAAUCCUGUAUCACAGCUCUUAUAAAGCGCAUACUGGGUGGUGAUAAUAAAGAAGCCCGUUUGAAAGUUAAUGAGCCAACAAUUCAUCAACAAUUCCUGGAGCUGUACCUAUUCUACUUCAAGAGGAUGGGAAAUGAACCAGAAGACUAUUCGGGCCAUUUGCGCGAUUUCAUUAAUAUGAUACAGCACGCGUAUAAGGGAACACAUGAAGAUAACCCAUACAUGAUUUCAGUGAACUGA